CUUAGUGUCAGCAGUAGCAAGAGCUCCCAGCAACAGCUGGCAUCCCCUCCCCAGCAUGCAGGCUGGGCGGGAUCUGUCUGCGAAACCUCUCUGUCCUUAACCCUGUGUGCCCUCUCCGUUUUAACAAGCUGCCUUUAAUCUUUUCCAUUUGCACUCCUAAGCAUUUGUUUUCAUUCCCUGUAAGCGUGUGUCGUACGCUGUCACAGGCUCUCUUCAUUAUUGCAUUGUUUCACAACAGUGGCAGCAUGGGAGGAGGAGAGCUGCACUUGUGCUAAAGAGCUCACUGAAGACCACCACCUUCUGGAAUAGACAGCCUGACUACAACUGGGUAGAAGACAGCAAGGCAGAUCUGCCAACCUGUGGACAUACUACAGGACAAGCCAGAACUGACAUGCCAUUCUGCAAAGGGCAUCCUGUUUUUCCUGUGGAUUGUAACAUGAGUCUUCAAAUUGGAUCCUGAUCCAGAAUUCUUCAACAUUCCCAAAUGAUUGGAUUCUAUGCCUUGUGCCUGCAACAAGUAUUGACCAUCGUGUUUGGAAGGACUUCAACAGAAAAGGGUCAUUUGUGUCCUCUGUGACCCAGUUGUAAGGCUGGAAAAUUGAUCCUACACGCUGUUGUACUGGAAUGCAUUGUGUCCUGCUUGAAACAGACAGCUGGAUAUAAGUCCUGUGUGUGUGUGUGUAUAUCCACUCCAGCUCUCCUCUUGUCCUCGCAGUUGUUGCCUUGUAGCCUGUGCUUAAGUUUGACUUGCCCUAAGGAUGUCUCGCUUAGGCUGCCUUGUAACCCUUCCCUAUCUGUGGCAGAUGCUCCUGAUGACCCUUGCUCUGGAGAUGGGUUUAUAUGAUGUGGAGAGAGGAAGAAAUGCAAAAUGUGAACUUAUUCAGAUCCCUAUGUGCCAAGGCAUUGGAUACAACAUGACUAGGAUGCCCAACUAUGUUGGCCAUGAGUCUCAAGCAGAGGCAGCGGUAAAGCUACAGGAGUUUGCCCCGCUGGUGGAGUAUGGCUGUCAUAUUCACCUCCGCUUUUUCCUCUGUUCCCUUUAUGCACCAAUGUGCACCGAGCAGGUGUCCACUUCAAUUCCUGCAUGCAAGCCCAUGUGUGAAUCUGCCCGUCUCAAGUGUGUCCCAAUAAUGGAGCAGUUUAGAUUUGGCUGGCCUGAUUCUUUGGACUGCGAUCGUCUGCCCAGUAAAAAUGACCCAAAUGCACUGUGCAUGGAGGCUCCUGAAAAUGCCACAAAUGGAGAUCCUGUAACGAAUGGACAUGGUAUGCUUCCUGUAGGACCACGGCCUCCACGUCCAUCAGGGGCAGGAAUGGGUAUACCCGGCCGCUGCCCCAAUCCUGACAAAUUUUUAUACGUGGAGAGAAGCGGAGUUUGCGCCCCUAGGUGCACCCCAGGGGUGGAUGUCUAUUGGUCCUCAAGUGAUAAAGACUUUGCCUUAGUGUGGAUGGCAGCCUGGUCUGGCCUUUGCUUUAUCUCUACUGCCUUCACUGUGUUGACUUUUUUAUUACACCCUCAGAGAUUCCAGUAUCCAGAGAGGCCAAUUAUUUUUCUUAGCAUGUGUUACAAUGUAUACUGUACUGCAUUUCUCAUCCGAGCUGCAGCUGGAGCGCCCAGCAUAGCUUGUGACCGGGAAGGUGGCGCCCCCUACUUGAUCCGAGAAGGCCUGGAGAGCAGUGGCUGCACCCUUGUCUUUCUUAUAUUGUACUACUUUGGCAUGGCCAGUUCGCUGUGGUGGGUGGUAUUAACCCUCACUUGGUUCCUGGCAGCAAGCAAAAAGUGGGGUCACGAAGCCAUUGAGUCCCACGGAAGCUACUUUCACCUGGCUGCCUGGGGUAUUCCAGCGGUGAAGACUAUCAUUAUACUCACAAUGCGAAAAGUGGGGGGAGAUGAGCUGACAGGACUCUGUUAUGUUGGGGGCUCGGAUCCAAGUGCCCUAACUGGAUUUGUUCUUGUACCCCUUUCCUGCUACUUGGUGACCGGCACAUCAUUUUUACUAACCGGCUUUGUGGCACUGUUCCAUAUACGUCGUGUAAUGAAAACUGGGGGAACCAAUACGGAGAAACUGGAGAAACUCAUGGUUAAGAUUGGUGUGUUCUCUAUACUAUAUACUGUCCCAGCAACAUGCAUCAUUGUCUGCUGCUUUUAUGAAAGACUUAACUUGGCUCACUGGGAGGCCAGGGCUCGAGAAGAGCCCUGUAGGACAGCAGCUGGAAGUGGCAGGCCAGACUGUACCUUGCCUACCUCCAUACCUAGUGUAGCAGUCUUUAUGCUCAAGAUUUUUAUGUCUCUAGCCAUGGGCAUAACAAGUGGUGUGUGGGUAUGGAGUUCAAAGACAUUACAAGCCUGGCAGGGAAUCCUAUGCCAACGUCGGCUGGGGGUUGUGGGCACAAGGACUCGAGGGAAGCCUCAAAGUGGAGGAGGUAUUCCCUGCAGCUUGAGCAGCUGCCCCUACAAACCCCCUCCCCUUUCUCUACAGGUGGCUAAAACAGAUCUCUUCAUGGACUGUCCAACACACGUGUGAAACACAAGAUAAUAGCUAAUGAGCAUUUUCAUGACAAACUUGUAACUAGAAAGUAUAUUUAUAUCUGUGGGAAACCACAGCUUAACUGUUUGCUACAGAAAUAAUACAAAAGCCCUAUCAAUGGAAUGUGAGAAUCCUGUAAGGUUUUGUUUUCCUUAGAGUGUGGAUUAAGUGCAUAUAAAUGGAAAAAAUGGUAAGGACAAUUGAUAAGUUGCCUACAAAAUAAUUAUUAAGAUGGAUAAUAUAUAUUGAUGCUACACAAAAGGAAACGUGUUCAUGUCCCAGUUCUAUAGACAUUACUGAAAUGUUCUGUAUCCAAGACCCCUUUUAGUUGCCUUUAUGUGAACACGGAGUCUAUAAACAGCUGUUUUCAAAGCUCAAUUCCCGCUCUUCAAGCACAAAAGCAGAAAUGACCCAAUUCGGUGCCUGUUCCAGUCCCAUCAUCUUCAAGGAACUUUCCUGUCAGCUAAAGUUACACAUAUCGUAGUGGUAGCUGUGACUAUAGUGAUUGUCACUGUCUGUCUCCAACAGAUGCAGCUAUGUAAGGCCAUUCUUCAUUCAGUGGAUGAAUACUUUUACAGAGUGCUGUUAACAGCAUUGUAAACCUUAAACUGCUCAGGGCCCUUUGCUACCAAAAUAAUGUAUCCCUGAUUUAAGCAAAAUAGUACUGAACAUUCAUGUUUUUUUUUUUCUUGCAAAGGAAAUGCAUUUUAGGAGUGCGUAUUUAAAAAAUAAGGGAAUAUAUUUUCUUACAUGUAAGUGCAAUACAGUGGCUGGUUGAGUUUGUUUUGGAGUUAAUUACUGAUGGUGAAGUAUUUAAAUCCAGGUAUGCUUGCUAGUUUUUGAGCAUGUAAACUCAAAAUGUCUCAAGCUUAGGUUAAAAGAACCAUUUUAGUCAGUUGUAAUCUGUGGAGGUAUAUGUACAGUUUAUUCAGAAAUAGGAAUACAAUUAUUUAUUACAUUUUUUUACACCAGAUUAAGGGAGAUGCUUUACAAAAGGUUUGAUAGAUCAGCAAACUGGUUACCUUCUCUGCCAAUUGGGUUAAAGGGAAAUAAGAAAAUAAUAUUAUUAUUCAAAAUACUCAAGUCUGUUGACCUGGGCUAUGCUUAUUGUCAGUAAUUUAUUCACCUGAUACUAUACUAUAAAACAUAAAAUCAC